UUUAUGGUGUCAAGCAUUUUCACUGCAUUCAUUUCUGAUUUCACCUCGCACACUUCCAGUUUUAUAUACACUUUCAACACGGACAGACAUAAGUUGAAAAUUUCUAAAUUAAUUAUUACAUCAAUAUGAACUUUAAGGCUUGUUCCUCGAAAUCCAGUAUUGCCAGGAGAAAAGCUCCUCUAAAUAAUGCCAAUGUGCCAAGAGCAAGCCGGUCCAGAAAAUCUGGGAAAAAAAACAAAAUGCACUUAGCAAAGGCACCGAUUUACGGCAGAAAGCGUCCUGCCGGAAAAGUCACGAACAGGCGAGAUGUUACCACCAGGAAACCCAGAAAACCGAAAGGCACAAAGAUCAUUGGUGGGGAGAAGCCCGUAGAAUCCAACAGUAGACCCUGGUGGAAUUUCUUUUUUAGCAAAAAACAGAAUGACGAAGAGACCUUACGGGAAGCGCAGCAAGGUAACAUAUCCUGCGAUGUUUUGAUGACCGACAUGUCAACCCAAACCAAUGUAAGGGGCAGUCCACAAUGGGAUAAUAGUGAUGACGAUUAACUUGCACCAUUUAACAAGCCCAAUAUAUAAUAAUUUAAGCUAAUUUAUCAUGUUUAUUUACUAUAAGGCCAGAAACUGUACUGGUCUGGAUAUAUGCUUUCAAGUAGUUCUUGAUCCAAUUCUUAUUUUUAAACAGUUUUAAUGAAUGGCCUGGUAAAGUAUACUCUGCACUUUCGGUCCCCAAUAAAUUGCAUAAUAAACAGGCUGCCCGGCGCGGGCAGUGGGCCAUUGAAAAAGGAUGCUCCGGGCCAGGUCCAUUAUGCACCUGCAGAUGGCCGAAAACUUUGCCGUGCCAUUAUCUAGCAAGGGGUAGUGCUGCUCUGUUUCAACAUGUUUGGGCUAAUUAAUGUCAGAAGCCAUUGCAGGGAUAACUUGGCGAACGGUCUGCCAUUUUGUUUUCCACCUAUACACGGCCAGGCAAUUGAAAUUUAAGGCCGGAAGUUUAUUGUGGCAACAAAAGAGCGAACUCGGCAGCGGAUGCUGCACCUGCCCCCCACCGCAAUACCCCACCAUUCUCAUCCUGCAAGCCGGUGAUGGCCUUUAAGAAACGCUGACCAGAACUAGAACCACAACUUUUUUGCCGUAAAUAAAUCCCAACGAGCAUAAAUGGAAUGCAAACUUUUUUCCGGUAAGCUGACGUUCUAAUUGUUGCACGGCAGUCCGGAGUUUGCAACUCCUGUUGUUUCAGGUUAUCUGCCGGCAGCUCUUCGCCGGCACCCUCUUUUUGUUUUAAUAAUAUAUACCCUUCUUUACCGAAUGAAAAAGAAAGCAAGUAAUGCACCUUUAAAUUGAAAACCUAAUGAGAAAACCCCUUGGCAAGUGCUCAAAAAUUAAACGGAAAGGGCGGCCGCUACGUGCUACUGCCAACAUAAUUGCGCUUAAAAUCGUUUAAGUGUUUUAUAAUCCGCCCAACGAUUUUUUCCAGCUGCUGUGGCCGCUUUAAGCGAUGUGCCAUCCAUCCUUGCCGAUGCCAGGAUUCCCCACAAA